ACUCAACAAACGACAGUCAAAGAAAAGAGCAAGUUCGCCAAAAAUCACGAAAAAUAAUUAAAAUCACGUUAAUUAAUAAAGAUAGAGAAGCAGAGAAGCCAUAAACAUCGGCAACUGCAUCAUAGAAAAGGAACUAGAAUCGAGUGAAUCAUAAAAUGUCAUAUAGUCAAAGUCUAUCAUUUCAAGAAGAUGAUGAUUUUAUUAUUUCGCAAUCAUUUUCUCAAUUUAACUUUCAAGACUUUACAUUACCCAGUCAGUCGCAAGCUUCUCAGCUAGAUCAUCAUAUUGGAAGUCAGCUCAAUGGCUUUGAUAAAUUGGAACCACCAUCGCCAAUACACAGUACAAGCAGUAAGAUUAAUGCCAUCUCAUCAGGCUUGAAUGAUUUGCAGUUUGAGGAAGAGGAUGAUGAUCAAAUAUCAUCAAAGGAUCUAUCUGCUCAUAGUUGUCGUUAUUGUGGAAUUUCUGAGCCAUCGACUGUUGUUAUGUGUAACAUUUGCAAGAAAUGGUUCUGUAAUGGACGUGGUAAUACGUCUGGAUCGCAUAUUGUCCAUCAUUUAGUUCGCGCUAAACAUCGAGAAGUUACAUUGCAUGAAGACGGUCCACUUGGAAGUACUGUUCUUGAAUGCUAUUCUUGCGGUAUUCGUAAUGUUUUCGUUUUGGGUUUUAUUCCCGCAAAAGCUGAUUCGGUCGUUGUACUUUUAUGUCGUCAACCGUGUGCAUCGCAAAAUUCAUUAAAGGAUAUGAAUUGGGAUCAGGAAAAUUGGAAACCUUUAAUUUCUGAUCGUUGCUUCCUUCCAUGGCUCGUCAAAAUCCCAACUGAACAGGAACAGCUUCGUGCACGUCAAGUAACGGCUGCAACGAUUAAUAAGCUUGAAGAAUUAUGGAAAGAUAAUGUUGAAGCGUCAAUUGCUGAUUUAGAAAAGCCCGGAAUUGACAAGGAACCGUCACAAGUACAGCUUAGAUAUGAUGACGGAUAUCAAUAUCAAAAUAUUUUCGGUCCUUUGGUUAAACUUGAGGCUGAUUAUGAUAAACGCUUAAAAGAGUCACAGACUCAAGAGGGAAUUGAAGUUCGUUGGGAUACAGGAUUGAAUAAGAAGACAAUUGCAUAUUUUACGCUAGCCAAAAUCGAUUCAGACAUGAAAUUAAUGCAUGGCGACGAAUUACGUUUACGGUAUGUUGGAGAAUUGCAUGAAUCUUGGUCGGCAAUUGGACAUGUCAUUAAAGUGCCUGAUAAUUUUGGAGAGGAUGUUGGAUUGGAAUUAAAGCAUAGCUCUAAUCCGCCAACUAAAUGCACAAGUAAUUUUGUUGUUGACUUCAUAUGGAAAGGAACUAGUUUCGACAGAAUGCAACAGGCUUUAAGAAAGUUUGCUGUCGACGAUAAUUCUGUCUCGAACUUUAUCUAUUCGAGAUUAUUGGGACAUUCAGGUGCUGACGAUGUAACAUUCAGGAUUAAUAAUCCACCAAAGCACUUUUCAGCUCCUAACUUGCCUGAUUUAAAUCGUUCUCAAGUUUAUGCUGUUAAACAUGCCAUCCAAAGACCUCUGUCCUUAAUUCAGGGACCGCCUGGAACUGGAAAGACAGUAACAUCAGCAACGAUUGUUUAUCAACUGGUCAAAAUCAAUGGAGGUCCAGUCUUAGUUUGUGCACCAAGCAAUACAGCUGUUGAUCAACUUACAGAAAAGAUUCAUCGUACGAACUUAAAAGUCAUUCGAGUAUGUGCAAAAUCACGUGAAGCUAUUGACUCACCAGUAAGCUUUUUAGCAUUACAUAAUCAAAUUCGUAAUAUGGAAACAAACAGUGAAUUAAAGAAGUUACAACAAUUAAAAGACGAAACUGGAGAAUUAUCUUCAGGAGAUGAAAAGCGUUAUCGCAUGUUGAAAAAGCAGGCAGAAAAAGAAUUGCUUGAUGCUGCUGAUGUUAUUUGCUGUACUUGUGUUGGUGCUGGAGAUCCUCGUUUAUCUCGAAUCAAGUUUAAUUCAAUCUUAAUCGAUGAAUCUAUGCAAUCGACCGAACCAGAAGCGAUGGUUCCAGUUGUUCUCGGUGCACGUCAGUUAAUUCUUGUUGGAGAUCAUUGUCAGCUUGGCCCAGUCGUAAUGUGCAAGAAAGCAGCAAAAGCUGGAUUAUCUCAAUCGCUUUUCGAACGUCUCGUUGUGUUGGGAAUCAGACCAUUCCGUUUAGAAGUUCAAUAUCGUAUGCAUCCUGAAUUGUCACAAUUUCCUUCAAACUUCUUCUAUGAAGGUUCACUUCAAAAUGGUGUUUGUGCUGAAGAGAGAAAAUUACGUGUCGACUUUCCAUGGCCAUCACCUGAAUGUCCAAUGUUUUUCCUUGUCACUCAAGGAGCUGAAGAAAUUGCCGGAAGUGGAACGUCAUAUUUGAAUCGAACAGAAGCAGCAAAUGUUGAAAAGAUCACAACAAGAUUCUUAAAAGCUGGAUUAAAACCUGAACAGAUUGGAAUAAUUACACCAUAUGAGGGACAACGUGCUUAUCUCGUUCAAUAUAUGCAAUAUCAAGGAAGUCUUCAUAGUAAGUUGUAUCAAGAAAUUGAAAUUGCUUCUGUUGACGCAUUUCAAGGACGUGAAAAGGAUAUAAUCAUCAUGUCUUGUGUCCGAUCGAAUGAACAUCAAGGAAUUGGAUUCUUGAAUGAUCCAAGACGUCUAAAUGUAGCACUGACUCGUGCAAAGUACGGAAUUAUUAUUGUUGGAAAUCCAAAAGUUCUCUCAAAACAGCAAUUGUGGAACAAUUUAUUAAACUUUUAUAAGGAAAAAAAGGUGCUUGUUGAAGGAUCACUUAAUAAUUUGAAGGAAUCAAUGAUACAAUUUGCAAAACCGAAGAAAAUUGUCAACACAUUUAAUCCUGGCCAGCAUUUCAUGUCAUCGACAAUGUUUGAUGCCAAAGAGGCAAUGCAGCAUCGGUCAUUUUAUGGCAAUAACAGUAAUAAUGAUCGAAUGAUGCCUGGAAAUAUGGGAAUGAGUAAUAAUUGGGGUAUGGAUAUGUUCCGUGCACAUGACUCGAUAUCAUACAUUUCGCCCGAUCGAGCACAAGCUGCGUUGCAAGGUAUGGCAGUUCCAGUUGGAAUGUUUAUGAAUAUGACAAAUAAUAUGCCGCCAAGAUUCUUCCAACAAGCGACAAUUCAACAAGCAGCAAAACAAAGUCGUGCAAAGAAAAUGCCUCCAAAUCAAAUCGUCAAUGCCGGUGCAUCGCAAUCAAAAAUGCGUGGACGUAGUAGCCAGCCAGGUCCAUUAACGCAAUCAAUGAGUCAAAAUAUGAUGAGUCAGCCAGGAUUUAAUGCAGACUUUUCGCAAGGAGAUUUCUUAGAAUCACAAGGCGAUGGCUUAUUGUCACAAGAUUUCGCAAACAGUCAAGGUCCUGAUAAGUUUUAUAGUAAUUUCCAGUCGCAAAAUUUUUGAUGAACAGUUAAUGACGAUUGCAAUAUGAACCAUAUUGAUUUAGAAUGCGAAUCAAAGCUGCGAUAAACAAACACAAUGGACAUUAAGAGCAUGAAAGAUGGCAAUUUAACAUGUCAUGAGACAUCAUCCAACAAUGAUACUAAACAACAACAAAAACAAAAAAUUAUGAAAAAUGAGGUGGGGAAAUUUUACGAAGAACAGUUCACAAUGACUCAUCAAACUUAAUUAAACAAUAAUAUCCAAUUUGAAUGAUGUUGACGGACGACUUCAUUACAAAUAAAUUAAAAAAGUUAAAAAAAAAUUCAAAAAAAAACGAUUAUAGAAUAUUGCAUAAAAUCUCUCUUCCUUCGCGAACGAACAUUGAAAUGGUCAGAAAAGAACUUUUUGGAAGCAAAAGUUACGACAAACGGGUGUGAUUGUGAUGGAAGGAAUAACACAUUGAUGCGUGACAUCAGACAAAGUGACAAGUAAAAAGUAAGAGCUCUUGGAGACUACUUAAAUGUUUAGAGUUUGAAGUGAGAGAUAAUCAUUCAUAGAAGAACCGGAAGUAAAUAGAAAUCUUCAAAUCGCUGCAACAAAUUUAUUGAAAACAAGUUUUAAUUUUUUAUUUUUAUUAUUAUUCAAAACUUUAUUUUUUCUCAUUCAUCUGAAAAACAGUUUGUUAUCAAUUUUUAAAAAGUUUCAAAAAUAUUGAAAAAAUUAAAAUUUUCAUGAGUUUUCUUUUUUGGAAAUAAAGUUCUACUUUCUUUUUGCAAAAUUUCAA